AUGAAAUGCAUUUCCUGCUUAGGAAAGAUUUUGACUUUACUGUUGAGUUUAUAUUUAGUGGAUGUAAGCUUCGCUCAGAGAGGGAAUCGUCAUGCUAGGCAAAGCCAUAAUGAUCGAAAUUGUCCAGAUAGCACUAAAUGCGUGGAGUUCAGCAGAUGCCGCCCGGGUCUUCUGAGACAUUUGGGACAUCCACCCAUAAACUGUGGUUUCACGUACCAUGGGAAGCAAAGAGUAUGCUGUCCUGAGAGAUCAUCCAGUUCUCCUCGUACAGCGAGACCUACAGCAUCUAGACCAAUUACUCAAGAGGUGCUGGUUACAGCUUCUAUCGGACCAAGGAAUGGACAACAAGAGCGAGAUCAUUUGAGACUAAGCCAUCAAGAUUGCCCAAACGGCACCAAAUGCGUGGAGUUCAGCAGAUGCCCUCCUGCACGUCUGAGAGAUUUGGAACAUCCACCCAAAAAUUGUGGUUUCACAUACCAUGGGAAGCAAAGAGUAUGUUGUCCUGAGAAAAGACCAUCCCCUCCACCAUUUACAUCGAGGUCUACACCAUCUGGCUCAGUAACUCAAGAAGCGUCAAUUGAAACUUUUACCACACCAAAAAAUGGACAGCAAGAAUGUGGUAAAGUCAGUGCAUUACAAGGUCUCGAAACAGCAAUGAAAACGGAAAGACAAGGGGCUUGGCCUUGGAUGGUGGCAAUUUUUAUGCGGGAUAGAUAUGGAUUAUUCGAACAUAAAUGUUCAGCUUCCAUGAUCACUAGAAGACAUGUGCUAUCCGCUGCUCAUUGCUUCAAAAGAAGAGAUCCGUCUCUGUAUGUAGCAAAGAUAGGACAUGUUGAUCGGAAUCUAGGUUAUAGAUAUGGCAUCCAUCGGAUAUAUGUACCGGAUACAUACAGGCGAGAUCAAUUUUAUGAUGAUAUAGCUGUCCUAACUUUAUCAAGAGAUGUAUGGCUCGAAAAUGUCAGCCCUAUCUGCUUGCCUUUGAGUUCUGAAUUCAUAAAUUUAGCGGGAAGAGAAGCUACAGCUGUUGGUUGGGGAUCUACAGAAUCAGAUGGUCCAUCCAGUGACUUAUUAAGAAAGCUUCACGCCAUUCCCAUCAUCUCUAACUGGGAGUGUGAUGCUUUGUUGAAUGACAGAGUGCUCGGGUUCCGACUGCAAUUCCCAAGGGGCAUUACGGAUGGAUUUAUAUGCGCAGGGUUUUUAGAAGGUGGGAAGGACACUUGCGGGGGUGAUUCCGGCGGACCUCUGAUGGAUCUACAAGAUGAUCGUUGGUAUGUCGUUGGAGUGGUUUCGUUUGGAGUGGAAUGCGCAAAACCAGGUUUUCCGGGAGGUUACACAAGAGUAUCCAAAUAUCUCAAAUGGAUACAACAGCGCAUUAGAACGGGAUUGCCCAGGAAAUUGUAGGAUACAUCACUGGACUUCAUUUCAACAUUUAUUUAUGAUUCAUCUAUUUAUUGAAAAAGAAAAACCAUUUUAUCAUCAGUUCUGUAGAUAUAUUUGCAUAAUAAAAUUAUA